UUGUGAAGGCUUCCUCAACUUUGGUGAUAUUCUAAUUCCUUCAUCAGGAGGUGUACAACAGGGAGAUCCUUUGGGCCCUCUCUUAUUCUCUCUUGUCAUCAUGGAGUUGAUGGACAGUAUUGGUCCUCUUCCCGACAUCAACAUGAAGCUUUGGUAUCUUGAUGACGGUUCGUUCGUUGGUCCCCGCACUGCAGUUGCUACUCUCCUUAGUGUUCUUGAAAUAAAAGGACCCCUGUUUGGGCUACACCUUAAUACGAGCAAAUGUGAGGUGUUUUGGCCUUCCGGCGAUCAACAGUUUCUUGAUUUCCCUCCUGAAGUUCAACGUAUCACUGAAGUGGCCGGAGGAGCUGAAUUACUGGGUGCACCACUCUGUGGAUCAGACGCUUUCUUUGCCAUGUCAGUUGCUAAAAGGAUUGACAAAAUCAGUGACUGUCAAAAUCGUUUGUCUGAUUUAGAUGACCCCCAGGUGGAAUUACACCUUCUACGUAGUUGCUUGGGUCUCUGUAAACUCAAUCACAUCAUCCGUACAGUUCCAACAAACAAGAUCACCAAGGAGCUGUUGAGAUUUGACGUCAAUUUACGCCACUGCUUGGAAAGCCUGUCUCGUUCCUCCAUUUCUAAUGAAGUUUGGUCACAGGCUACCAGGCCCAUUCGUCUCGGAGGUCUCGGUCUUCGUGAAGCUAGUCGUUCUGCCCCAGCAGCUUUUUUGGGAAGCUGCAACUCAUCUCGUGAUUUGACCAGCAGACUUCUACUGUCAUGUUCUUUGCCUUUCCAUCAGUCAAAUGAAACGUCUCACGUUGAGAGAGAGGAUCAGGUAUCGGAGAUAACAAUUCCUGGAGAGCUUGACUGCCGUAGCAUUCUAUCCACACUUCUUCCAGAUAAUCAAGAUCUACAAAUUCGUAAAAUGACUCAAAAAGAAAUACAACGAUUACUAGAUGUCUCACUCAGUCUUCACAUCCAAGACAGUACUCCCAGCAUAAGAGAUAAGGCUCGUCUGAACGCAAUUUCAACCCCACACUCCGGAUCAUGGCUGCGGGCAUUACCCAACACAAAUCUCGGCCUCGUCAUGUCUCGGGAGGAAUUCCUGGUUGCUCUGCGUCUUCGCCUCGGUAUUGCUGUUUUCCCCUCUUCUCCACUUCUUGUUCGGUGUCCAUGCGGUCAAGUAAUUGACAAAUUUGGAGACCAUGUUCUUGGUUGUGGUUCUGGGCCGCUUCGCUUGAAGCGCCACAAUGCUCUAUGUGAUAUUCUGUAUCGAUAUCUGCUAGUGGAUAAUGCUGGGUCUCGUAGAGAACAGUGUUUCUCCAGCGAAAGUAACGACAGGCCUGGAGACGUCUUCCACCCGGAUUUCUUACAAGGAAAAGCUGCUUUUUUUGACAUCUCAGUUAGAAAUUCUUUUACCAAUCAUUUCAUCAACAGUUGCUCUACCAAAGCAGGAGCUGCCGCCGAAGCUGGCGAAGUUCAGAAAGACCUUCGCUACGAUUCAGACGUCACAAGCACAGGAGCCAGUUUUUACCCUAUGAUUGUUGAGACAUAUGGAACAUGGUCCACAUACAGCUUGGAGAUCAUAAAAGUGAUUGCAAGGAAAACUUCAGUUUUGAACAAAUUACCUGUUAGCAGAAUAGUAUGUAACAUACAUGAACAACUAGCAGUACGACUUUGGCAGUAUAAUGCCAGGAUGGUUUUGGACAGGCUACAUUUGGUCUGUCAUGGAGAGUAAAAU